GAUAGAUUACUCGGUGGGAAGGAUGACAAGCGGGAGGAAGAGAGUACCGAGUAUACCGAUGUCGUUGACGCGGAAAAAUCGGAUGCAAGUGCUUUAAUCGAUCGGCGAAAUAACGUCGUACGACCGGUCUUCUUGGUAUAUCGUAUGAGAAUAAUAAACUGUUAGAGGUGUAUGAGAGGAUCGGAGGUGGUUAUAAUAGUGCACGACGACGGUCGAUGAGCUUGCAACUAACAAAGCAGCGGCAUUUCUCCCAGGAUUCCACCUAUCGUAUUGUGCGAAUCAGUGUAGUGUUUUACGUAGUCCCUUAACGUGUUCUACAAUUGUCGUUAUUGUUGAAAAAGAAAUAAAAAGAAGUAUGAAAGUGUAGGGUGGUUGGACGCUAAAGGAACAACCACCUUGACAACUGCAGCCUUCAUCAACGAGGAACGGUAUUCUUUCGAGGGCGUCGUCCAACCGAACAGGUCGUACGUGUGUGCGGUAGGUCGGCCGACGAGGAGGUUCGAGUCACUCCUAAACGUGGAAAGGGGACCCCGAAAGACGGGGGUUUAUAUCAUCGGGACGGCAGAUGUCAGGAUGCCGGAGCAGAGCAACGACUAUCGUGUCGUCGUGUUUGGGGCGGGUGGCGUUGGCAAAAGUUCUCUCGUCCUGCGCUUCGUGAAAGGAACCUUUCGUGAGUCCUAUAUACCAACCAUCGAGGAUACUUACAGACAGGUGAUAAGCUGCAACAAAAACAUAUGCACGCUUCAAAUUACGGACACAACCGGCUCCCAUCAGUUUCCCGCGAUGCAACGACUCUCUAUAAGUAAGGGUCACGCCUUCAUCCUGGUAUAUUCGGUAUGCUCACGGCAAAGUUUCGAGGAGCUACGACCGAUAUGGGCUGUGAUAAGGGAGCUGAAGGGUCAAGAAAUCUCACAGAUACCGAUAAUGCUGGUUGGUAAUAAAUGUGACGAGAGUCCUUCCGUACGCGAAGUUUCAAUGAGCGAAGGCGCAGCGGAAGCAGCCAAUUGGGGCUGUGGUUUCUUGGAGACAUCCGCGAAGACUAAUCACAACGUUAACGCGCUCUUCCGGGAUCUUCUUACUCUCGAGAAGAAUCGCUCCGUCUCUUUGCAGCCUGUAGAAAGUCACAAUGCGAUAAGCCUGAAGGAGAAAUGCGAGGUCAUGUAAUCUCGCUAUUUAUUUUUAUUCUUGAUUCUCUAAAAACUUUUACUCGAUCCCAACGACUCCAUGCCAAACAAACAAUCAUCAUAAUCGUCGUCGUCACUAUCAUCAUCAUUAUCAUCAUCAUUAUCAUUAUCAUCAUCAUCAUUAUCAUCAUCAUCAUCAUCAUCAUCAUCAUCAUCAUCAUCAUCAUCAUCAUCUCUUUUCUCUCUCAUUUUAUUACGACAAAUUCAUCUUUAACGCGAUAGAGAGAGAAUUAUCUUCGGGGAUAACGAGUCGUCGAUCCAUUUUAAUAUUAACUUUCUUCCACCAAACGAUAUCGGAUUUUGCACAAAACAUUUUCUAUCGACCAAUGCGACGUCUAUCUCUCUUUUACCCUCUCUCUCUUUCUCUCUCCCUCCCUCUCUGUCUCUCUCUCUCUUUCUCUCUCUCUCUCUCUCUUUCUCUCUCAUUCCUAUUAUCAAUACUCUCUAUCUCUCUCUCUUUCUCAUUGUCUAUUCAAAGAUUAUUAUCCCUUCAUUUCCAUAUAAUCCAGAAAUCUCAAAUCGAAAUCUAAUACGAGCUUAAUAAUCGUUAAGGGACACAAUUAUAAAAAUAAACUUAGUACCUCCGACGAUAAUGCAAAUCAUUUUCUAUAUGAUUAUCAAUAUUUCUGCAUGAUAAUGCGAGCAUAGAAAAGACACAUAUUUUCCCUUUUUCUUCUUCUUCUUCUUCAAUUUUUUCCUUCAAUUUCUUCUUUUAUACAAAACAAAAAACGAAAAAGAAAAAGGGACAGAGAGGAAGAGAGAGAGAGAGAGAGAGAGAGAGAGAGAGAGAGAGAGAGAGAGAGGGAGAGAGAGAGAGAUGACGAGACAUGAUGAAAGACUGAGUCAAUGAAAGAAGAAGAGAGGAAAGAGAGAACAAAUAUAACAUACGAAUAGAAAUGAGGCGGAUUAAAUAAAAUAAGAUAAGAGUUGUUAACGAGAUUGCUUUUUGUUGAAUAGUUGUAAGAUUUUUGUAACGAGGCUACUUAGAAUUUAUUAUCUGUCACGUUAAAAAUAUAAUAGAAAGGGAAGAGGGAUGUUUCGCGGGAAUAUGCACGUGUACAUACAUACAUACAUACAUACAUACACACACACAUACAUACAUACAUACAUACAUACAUACAUACAUAUAUACAUAUAUACGUAAAUGCAUAUAUACACACAUAUUUAACGUGCACGUUAGAAUGAACGUAUGUACCUGACGCGACGAAAGAGAGACGCGUAAGCGUCGCGUCGUCGUCUAUACGAAAAUUGUGACACGAGUUAUUUAAUCGCCGUCGAAGCUGUUGUGAUCAUUAGAAUUACGUGUUAAACUAUGUUCUUCUAUGGUUGCUGUUUUUCGUGUUUUUUCCUGAUAAGUACUACAUAUGGUAUAUACAUAUUCGUCGUAAAUAUAUAUAUAUACAUACGUACGUACGUACAUACACAUACAUUCGAUGCGACGAGAAACGCGAACGCUCGGCGAAACGAUCAUCAUCAUCAUCAUCAUCAUCAUCAUCAUCAUCAUCAUCAUCAUCAUCAUCGUCAUUGUCAUCGUCAUCGUCAUCGUCGUUAUCAUUCAUGAUCAUUGUCAUAUGACCAUUAUCAUCAUUUUUAUCUUUAUUUCAUCUACGGAUUGUCGUAUUAGAAAAAAUGUACAGAUCGAGUUUAAAAAAAUGAUUAGAGAAGUAAGCAACGCGAUGGUUAACGAAAGAGAUAUAUAUCUUUCGUCGAUUUUAUGCACGAUUGAACCGUGCUUCGUAGGUUAUUAUUUUUUAUCUGUAAAAAUAGAUCUCUCGUAGUUGUCACCUUGACAUUUAUCGUGAGUUUGACGAGAAAACGUGGGUGACGGAUUUUCUCUUGGUAAAGAAAAUCGCAAAGAGUGCACAUGCGCGAACAAGAUAGAAAGAAAAAGAUAGAGAUAGAUAGAUAGAUAGAUAGAUAGAUAGAUAGAUAGAGAGAGAGAGAGAGAGAAAGAGAGAGAGAGAGAGAGAGAGAGAAAUUAUAAAAAGUUUUUCAAAGAAAAAACAAAAAAAUAAAGAAUUUGCUUUGUCCGUUUUUUCACCAUAAAUAUUUAUUUAAAUAUGUUGAAAAAAUACGCAUAGCUUUAUAAUUAGAUCGAAUCGAAGAUCGGCGAGUUUGAAUUUCGUCGAGUGUUCGCGCCAUUUUACUUUACGAUAGUGCAUGUUGUAUCCUUGUUUCGUUGAGAAAAAAGAAUAAAUAAAAUGAAAUAAAAUAA